AUGGCGUUUCUCUCCUCCUCCUCCGCUUCAUCGUCGCCGGCGAUGCAGAAAGGAAUCUUCGUGAGCGUGCCGGUACUUGUACUCUCCGUCUCGUUCGCAGCUGGUGUCUUCUUCCUCCUCUCUUCUUCUCUCUCGUCCUGCUCAUGCCCUCCAUCCACAUCUUCCCCCACCUACGCCGAUGUAGCUUCCGUCGGAGGAAGCGUCGCUGAUGUGAGGCUGGAAGAGAGGAUAUCUCCGACGCGAGAAGAUAUCGAGUGGGUCAGAGAUCUGAUUAGAUCCAACGGUUUGCAUAUGCAGAAGAAUGAGCUCCGUAAAGGCAUCAAUCCUCGCACCAGGGAUCAACAACUCUUAGAUCUGCAACAGUACAAGGGUAUAUCACAUUACGAAGGAGAUGAAGCAAACAACCACACAGCUCUUCCAUGCCCUGGAGAGUUACUAGUUGAGCAGCAUCACAGCAACUACGGUGAGCCUUGGGCAGGUGGGCGCGAUGUAUACGAGUUCUUGGCUGAAUCAGCCAAUCUUAAACCGAACUCUCGCGUCCUGGAAAUCGGAUGUGGCACGCUGCGUGUGGGUUUGCAUUUCAUCCGCUAUCUCAACCCUACACAUUUCCACUGCCUUGAAAAGGACGAGCUUUCUCUGAUGGCUGCGUUGAGGUACGAGCUUCCAUCUCAAGGUCUUUUGCAUAAACGGCCACUUAUAGUCAGAGGGGAAGAUAUGGAGUUCAGCAAGUUUGGCUCAGAGAUAACCUAUGAUCUGAUCUACGCAAGUGCGGUCUUUCUCCACAUGCCUGAUAAACUCGUGUGGACUGGACUCGAGAGGCUAGUGGAAAAGUUAAAGCCUUUCGAUGGGAGAAUCUUCGUGUCGCAUAAUGUGAAGUUUUGUUCAAGGUUAGGAGGAGAUGAGUGUACAAAGAAGCUAGCAAGUUUAGGACUUGAGUAUCUUGGAAAACAGACUCACGAUAGCUUGCUGUUUAACCACUACGAGAUCUGGUUCGGGUUUAGACGGAUCAAAACAUAG